UCGAGCUGGCCGCCAGGUCUGUCAGUCAGUUACUUCCAGCUGUCAUUCCUCCUCAAACCCCUUGAAGUGGACUUGUCGUCUUUACCAACAUGGCUCUAAUCACAGGACUCUGUACUUUUUUGUACCACUUACCUCAGAUUUACAAAUGGCUUCUGAAACCAUAUUAUAUCUCCUCGCUCUUCAUGACCGUCGCCUUCCUGGUGGUCCGAAAGGCUCCGGGUCUGUGCGAGCACCUGGCGACUCAGCGAGAGGACGGCAACUCCUGCGACUUUGACUGGAGGGAGCUGGAGAUUCUCAUGUUUCUUAGUGCAAUAGUUAUGAUGAAGAACAGGAGAGCGAUCACACUGGAGCAGCACGCAGGCAACUUGUUCCUGUUCAGUAAAGUGGCCAACGUCAUGCUCUUCUUCAGGCUGGACAUUCGGCUCGGCCUCCUUUACCUGGUAUUGUGUGUCGUGUUCCUCAUGACCUGUAAGCCACCUCUCUACAUGGGCCCCGAGUACAUCAAGUACUUCAGUGACAAGACCAUAGACGAGGAGCUGCAGAGGGACAGUCGUGUCACCUGGAUUGUUGAAUUCUACGCCAACUGGUCCUCUGACUGCCAGUCUUUCGCUCCCGUCUUUGCUGACCUUUCACUCAAGUACAACUGUGCUGGACUCAAGUUUGGGAAAGUGGACAUCGGACGCUAUGGAGAUAUUUCUGAGAGGUUCAAGAUUAGCACUUCUCCACUGUCCAAGCAGCUGCCCUCACUGAUGCUUUUCCAAGAAGGGCGGGAAGUCAUAAGACGUCCAAUGGUGGACAAUAAAAAGAGAGCCGUGUCUUGGACCUUCAAUGAGGAGAACAUUAUCCGGGAGUUUAAUCUCAACGAACUCUUCCAAAAAUCCAAGAAGCUGAACAAAGGUCGUGGUUUGAAAGAAGAGCAGAGCGGCGUUCAGCCAGUGGAGGUCAGCGACGAGCUCCAUUCUGAAACCAACAACCUGGAGCAGCCCACAGAGAGCAAGAAAGACCAGUGAGGAGCAGGAUGGCCUCAGGUUGUUGCCAAAGUCCAGAAUAUGAUGGGACGGCGAGGAAACCGGUUCUAACCACUAAAGACGUCACGUCUACACUCAGUCUUCACUGUGGCAAAUUAAUACCAAAAAAGCGAGACCACGUUUCCCUGGCUGGGUCUGAUGCAGUGUGGUUUGAAUGCAGUUAUGCAAAAGACACGCAAUAAUUUUACUACAUUUUAUAAAGUUAUUUGAGAAUACAUUUUGUAAUACUCGUUUUGUGGCUACUUUCGACAACAUCUCAUCACUGUGCAUCGUUUGCUGCCUGUAUUUUGCAACGAGCGUGUUUACUGGUGAAGCUGAAAUAAAAACAGUGUGCAGCUAAAAUG